AUGGAUUACUUGUUACUACAGUUCAUUAAUAUUUCGUUUCAUGAACAGAAAGAUGAAGGCUUGAAUUUAACAGCAAAAAUUGGGAAGAAGUUGUUGUUGAUCACUCACGACCUAUCACAUAAGAACGAUCACCUGACGAAUGAAGUACAUGACUUGAGAGAUGAGCUGAACCAGCUCAAGUAUUCUCAAACUCCAAGGGGACGAUCAUUUCAACUUUGUGAAGAGUUGGACAACGAAACUGAUGUUAACAACAAUGAGUAUGACGAUGACGACGUUGACGAAGGAACGUCAUGUUCAGUUGGACAAAAGAUAAUGAAUAAUUGGAGACUGAAUGGCAGUGUGAACCAGCAGAACAGCAUGACGACAAUGUCCUCUUCAUUGGAGGAAACCUAUUCACUACGCAGACAAAUUGAUCAAUUGAAUAGCAACAACAACAUGUUGAGAGAUGAAGUGAAGAUGUUGCAGCAACAGUCUCAAGAAGAUUUUCAGCAACUGAAGGAGUGCUACAACGUCGAAUUCGGAAAUGCAAAAAAGUUGAUCAACAAUCUGGAGAGGCGAAUUGAAUCGGGAGAAUUGAGGUUUGGAAAGUUUGAACAGGAGGCUCUUGUUUGGAAAAAUUCCGUUGAAAUGCUUGCCAACAAGUGUAAUAAGCACGAGGUUGAGAUUGACGUCCUGCAAGAAGAAAUUAGUAAAAUCAAAACCAUCCAAAACGAAGAUAAGAAAGCGAUGCAGCAACUUGUGAAGGAGAACAAGGAGCUGAGGGAGCUGAUCGACUCACUGAAGGAUCGAGUACAUCAAAUGGAACAAACGAAACAUCCCAAAGUUCUUCGACAUGUCACCGAUUCCAAAUCACCUUACGUAGAUUCUAUGUCCUUUGCUCAGGAAUUAGAAAAAACCCGUACAGAAAAUGUCAAUUGUCUUCUAAGCCAGCAGUCAAGCAAUUUCUUGUGCAAGUCAUCUCCAAACAUCCACCAAAUAUCAAAUCCUCAUCCACCCAACAACUUCUUCUUCAAAUUAAAACGAAUGUUAGGGUGGAGCCAUUUGAAACUUGGACAGCCAGGUCGACCAGGAUCGAGCGAUCUCGACCUGGCUGUCAGUCAUUUGAAGACGAUCGAAACUUCUAGAGUGAACAGUCACCGAAAAAGUAAAUUCAUGUCAAAAAAUGUUCCCCCGAAUUCGUUGAAGUUGAAACAUUCAAACAAAGCUCAUACCAGCGGCUUUAAUCAGUCUGUCAAAUUUCACGGCUUUCGCGAGCAAUAUAACGAAGACUUCAGUCCAACGCACGUUCAAGAUGUGCCAUUCACGACAAGGAAUCUCUUCAGCCCCUCAUCAACGUCAUCCUCAACAUCGCACAAUCCAGGCAGUGGCUAUCUAACCACUCCGUCCUCUGCUGUCAAAACUGGCCCUCAGAAUUUUCCACUCUUCAGAUCACGGCAGUUGCAGGAGUGGAUGGUGCUGGGCACGCCAGAUCUCUCGCAGGUCCUCCGCAGGCCGUCUGGCGUGUGGCUGAAGGGAAGCGGCAUCAACGACUUCUUCAUUGAAGAGAACUUCUCAAAGAUCCUCUCAGAGGCAGAGGAUGAUGACGAACCCGCCACGCUGCACGACGAUGAGUUGGGAAGGGGGAGUGGUGGUGGAGGAGAGCCUUCCUGCAGUGGUUUCAAUAUGAAUUUCUCGCACAUGUUGCGAGAUGAUUAUGAUGACAGCAAUUUCAACAAUCCAAAAUUUGUUGGAAUUUCCAAAAAUAUUUGUGACGUUUCUGGUCCUAAAGCAUCAAACAAAUUUUUUAUCACAAACAAACCUCGUUCUCUUGACUUUGACACUAAUGUCAAUACCAAAACAAAAGCAAACAUCGAUGCUGUCUCGAGUUACAAUAUUAAGUUCAACGAAUUAAAGUUAAAUUGUAAAGAAAAUUCGAGUACAAAUAUUAUAGAAAUUUUUCCCAAAAAUACAUCAAACAAAGCUCUCCACAGUCCUUACGUUAAAAUCGUUUCAAAACCGAGUGGUCGUAUCAACGCCGUGAGAGCAAUUUCGGACAUCAAAGAACAUUCAAGCGCCAGCGUUGAAAACAUUGACAGCAUCCCAGUAUUUCAAAACAAUAAAAAACUUUCAAACAAUCGAAGCACCUCAUUAAGUGACAUUUCACAUACAUUAUCGAAAAGUCUAUCGAAUAUAUUCGCUGGUGUCAAAAACAAUUUCAUACACAAUGUUAUGGACAUUGACAAGACGGCUAGUGCGCAAUUGUUCGAUUUAAGCAGCCACCAGUUUCAUUCACCACCUCUAGCAUUUUCUAAAAGACUCUCUGAAAGUACUGAAAGUGCAGCUAGUCUUAUAAAUCCUAUGCAGUCGAUCUCAAAACACAAAUCUUCACAAGCUUCAUUAAUUCCCAGUUCACAACACAUGCCACAUUUAGGCAUGGCUGUUAAAAUCAAUGGUUGUUUUAAAAGUACCAAAGAAUUAAAGAAUUCACAAUCUUUGUUUGACUUGCAGGUAGCAAAUUGUGAUGAUUUAAAAUUACUUAAAAAAGAGUUCAGGCGAUACAGUUUAGACAACCAAUCUCCAAGGAGUAAAGAAACAUUUCCAAUGAAGCCUGGCAGCCUCUCCUCAUUUUCUCUCCCAUUAUUAUCCGAUUUGUCAAAGCGUCGAAAUUCCUAUUCUGGUAGAAAGUCUUCAAUAUCAAAUUUAUUACUUGAACAUAGACUGGAAACUCCUGUUAGAAAAGUUUGCCCUGUAAAUAGAUCCAGUGUUAUAAAGGAAGCAAAGGUUCAUGAACAUAGAAGAUACUUCAUUUGUAAAAGAAAAGACCCAUUGAAAAUUCGGAAAUUUGAUGAGGCCACAAAAUCAGAUGAAGAAAACAAAGAACCUUCAUUCAGCCCAAGGUACAACCUGCCAGUAAGGAAGGUUGAAAGAAUUUCUAGGAAACAUAAACUUAGAGGUAAAUUUUCAUAG